AUGGACUCCACGCAGGAGUAUCCUCUAGCAGCUGGCCUGCUUGCUGCUCUCGCUUCUACCGUCGUUCCAACACCGACUCCGACGCCCUUCCCGAGCCCCGCGCCCUCGCCGCAUUCUCUGCCGACAUUAUCAUCAAACCUUGGACACAAUCAUGGUGACGCAGGGAGCGGAGAAUACGAGUGGUCAUCUUUAAUCGGUAUCAUCACAGCACUGGCCGGGAAUGUCUUGAUCUCGUUGGCCCUCAAUAUUCAGCGCUACGCCCAUAUUCGAAUAGAAAAGGAAUGGGAACAGGAGAAGCUACAGCACAGGUUGAAAUGGAAGCGAUCCGAUCGCCGGAGCUCUUACGGUGCUAUUGACGGGCCCGAAGAAGAGGAUCGUUACCGGGACGACCUUUCAGGUCACUCUGGACACUACAGAGACGAUUUCUCGGACCAGGGAGACGACCUGCCGGAUUCUCCCGUAUCCCAACGGACUGCACAGCCUGAGAAUGGCUCACCGCAAGGGAGACGGAAAUCUUACCUUCGGUCACCAUAUUGGUGGGCGGGGAUCAUUUUAAUGACACUCGGCGAGACUGGGAAUUUCAUGGCGUACGGAUUCGCUCCGGCAUCGAUUGUUUCGCCUCUGGGGGUUGUGGCUUUGAUCUCGAACUGCGUCAUUGCGCCAUUUAUGCUGAAGGAAAAAUUCCGACAGAGAGAUUUCUGGGGUGUUCUCGUUGCUAUUGCUGGGGCAGUCGUGGUUGUCCUUAGCGCAAAGUCGUCCGAAGAGAAAAUUGGCCCCGACGAUAUUUGGGAGAUGAUUACGCGCUGGGAAUUUGAACUCUACCUGGGCCUCACAGCUGCGCUUAUUGUCGUCCUUAUGUGGUCAAGCCGAGAAUAUGGACCGCGGACUAUCCUGAUUGAUGUUGGAUUGGUUGGCUUAUUCGGUGGAUAUACUGCUCUUUCGACGAAAGGCGUUUCGUCGCUGCUGUCAUAUACCCUGUGGCACGUCAUCACGUUUCCAAUCACUUAUCUAUUGGUGUUUAUUCUUGCAUUCAGUGCUCUGAUGCAAAUCCGGUACAUCAACAAAGCCCUACAGCGUUUCGACUCAACGCAAGUCAUCCCGACCCAGUUCGUUCUUUUCACCCUCUCGGUGAUUAUUGGCAGCGCGAUUUUAUACCGAGAUUUCGAAUCAUACACAGCUUCUCGUGCCGGAAAGUUCGUGGGUGGUUGCCUUCUCACCUUUCUGGGUGUGUACUUUAUCACAAGUGGACGUGUUCGCGCCGACGAUGAAUCUUCCUACUCUACCGACGAGGAAGAAGCUAUUGGACUUCUGCCUGGAGAGCGAUAUCAAGACCGAGUUGAUUUGUCGCCUCCCCUUCAAGCUCAAACGAAGAACGGACCGCGGCCAAGAAGCCCUAAUCUCGACGGCACCCGUCAAUCACCCCCAGGGUCACUCCUGAGUGAGGGUCUUAGGGACCUUGACGAUAAUCAAAGCACACCCCGAGCUGUCCUAUCAGCUGCCGCGUCUCCCUCGCCUGUUGGUUCGGUAAUUGCCGACCUUUCGGAACCUUCUCCUAUGUCUCCAUCCUCAUCCCGCCCUCUGUCACUUCUAAGGAACCCUUGGGCCGAGUCGCUCGAAGAGACCGCGUCUGAACCGCAAAUUGAGCGACCAGUCACUCCUCCAGAACAGGCCAUCCAGAAACCUGUCAGCUCCACCGUGCUUCUUCGCUUCCCCCCUGCCCCGGACGCAGACGGAUCUAGUGCACCAGAUGGUACAAGGGCGAAUGUUAGGGGCGACGCUGUUCUCGAGACACCGCCACGAAGAGUACGAAACUCGAUCUCUUCACAUUUCUCACCGGGUCCUUUGUUCUCCACUUUAUCUGGAGGCUUCAGCGCUGUUGUUGCCGAUUCCAUACGUCGCGGUGAGAUGAGCCCGGCAAAAGAGCGAAGGGCGAUAAAGUCACGCGGUCGAAGAAAGCAUCCUAGUACGUCGGUCCUUGAGAACAUAUUACGUGAUGCAGACGGCGCGGGAGGGGAAAUCAAUCAGGACCCUGAGGCUGCUCGAGUGGACCGUACAGAUAGCCUCAUCACCGCUCCUGCUACCGCAGGACACUCCACGCCUGGUAUCGAGUCUGGAGAGAUUACGCGCAACCAUUCGGACAACUUGACCACACUCUCACGCCUGCGCAGCCUAAGCGACUCGUGGAGUAAAACAGUGCCUUGGCUUGGGGGUGUCUUACAGAAGCGAAAAGAGAGCCAGAAAGUGCCCGACGAAGCUGAGGCUAGUGCGGAAGCCUCGAAUCAAGAUGGUCGGCCAGAAUCAGGUGGCGCGAAUGCUUGA